AUGGCACCGGCGGCGGAUAUUUUUCAGCCUUGUGUUUCAACCCCAGCAGCCACAGCACCUGCUGAUCCUACUGCUCCUCCUACUGCUGCUCCUACUGCUGCUCCUACUGCUGCUCCUGAUGAUACCUUUCGGGCUAGCGUUGCAACCCAAGAAGCCCGUACACCUCCUGCUCCUGUUCCUGCUCCUGAUGAUAUUUUUCAGCCUCAUGUUUCAACCCCAGCAGCCACAGUACCUGCUGCUCCUACUGCCGCUCCUGAUGAAACCUGUGGGAGAGAGUCCUUUUGGCUUCCAUUUGUACCCCAAGGAAUCAGUACACUUCAUGGUCCUACUCCUGAUGUACGCUGGGGAGAGCCUAGACACAGAUCCUACACUUUGUCAGGAUCUGGCAUACCCUCUGGUGGGACACCCUACAUAACCUGCCCUUUGUGUGGAACCAACUUACCCUCUGAGUCCUUUUGGCUUCCAUUUGCACCCCAAGGAAUCAGUACACUUCAUGGUCCUACUCCUGAUGUACGCUGGGGAGAGCCUAGACACAGAUCCUACACUUUGUCAGGAUCUGGCAUACCCUCUGGUGGGACACCCUACAUAACCUGCCCUUUGUCUGGAACCGACUUACCCUCUGAAUCUCUUCCUAGUUACUUUAUACCCCGAGGAGUCAGUACACCUCUUGGUCCUGCUCCUGAUGUUCCAGCACUUGGGAGAGAUCCUAGAGUUCAACAUUUUAGCUACGGGUCAGAAAGUCAGCUUGACCAGAGGUUUAGCCAACAUCUCGGGCCACUGCGACCUGCAACUGACCGAACCGCGGAUUCGAUACACUACAGAAGUGACACUGACUUAUUCUCCUGUUGGACACCUUACAGAUCUGGUGUGACCCCAAUCCCCGUCCCCAGUGGCAGGAGUGGCAGGACUUACCAUUCCUCACGACCAUCAAGCACAUAUGCCAAUGUUAUGCGAUCCCUAAUUGAAAUUAUCUCAGAGCUGGAAUCUUCCUCCCAUAUUAGGCCAUUAAGUACUUUUUCCUUGUCCAUUCCCUCCAGCUGGAGAGGGAAUAGGACUGGUACUGGGUCUUCAGCCAACACGACCUUCAGUUUCAGACCACGCAGGACCUAUUCUUUGCCUUCAGUCAGAUCUGUCAGCCAGGAUAUCUCAUUCACCACCAGAAGAAAUCAGGAAAUUUAAUUAAUGGAGUCUUGGCUGUUACAGUUUUCUUAAGGAAUAUUCUAGCUUCUCUUCAGAAGGAAAAAGCUCUAGAAAUGUAAAAAGAGCUAAUUAAAGUAGAGCUUUACAUACUUUUGUA